GUCCACCAAUAGCAGAGGGGCAGAAUUAACGGAGAUCCACCCUUAGCAGCGGUGGAAAAGGGAUGUUUAUGAUUUUCAGGGAUUCACUCAUUUCAACCUAACUUCGUUUUUCCACUGUAAAACGGAAGUAGGUACUCCGCUCACGCGUCUUUCUUUGGCUGCCACAUUAAGUGAAUGAAGAUCCGUAUUUCAUCUUUAGUCUAUAGUGGUUCGGACUGAGUUUGUGGAUCAUUUCUAACGUCGUUGAUUCGGCAUUUAGCAAUUUUGCGAAUAAUCUGAGUGAGAUUUGGAAUAACAGCCCGUCAGAAUGUCCCGUGAGCAGAAGGCGGUGGAGCGCGCGAGGAAAGCGUUCCUCACCGGGAGGUCGAAGCCCUUAGAACACCGGAUCCGCCAGCUGAAAAACCUCCAGAGAUUCCUCUUGGAGAGAGAGAAGGAGAUAGCUGAGGCCAUCAAGAAAGACCUUAACAAGAGUGAGGCAGGCACCCAGCUGUAUGAGACACUGGGCCUGGAAGGGGAGAUUGUCCUUGCAGUGAAGAAGCUGGCAGAGUGGGCUGCCCCCCGGCCUGUUGAGAAGAACCUCCUGACCAUCUCAGACACGGUUUACAUCCAGCCUGAACCGCUGGGAGUGGUGCUCAUCAUAGGAGCAUGGAACUACCCCUGGGCCGUCACCAUACAGCCGCUUAUAGGGGCUAUCGCUGCAGGCAACGCUGCUGUGGUGAAGCCGUCUGAGGUGUGUGUCCACACCGCCAAGGUUAUGGAGGACCUGCUGCCCGCCUACAUAGACAAGGAGUUGUACCCAGUGGUGACAGGGGGUGUCUCAGAGACCCAGGAGUUGCUGCGUCAGCGGUUCGACCAUGUGUUCUACACAGGGAACAGCAUGGUGGGUAAACUGGUGAUGGAGGCAGCAGCCAAACACCUCACCCCCAUUACCUUGGAGCUGGGGGGCAAGAGCCCCUGUUACAUCGACAAGAACUGUGACAUCCCCAUCGCCUGCCGGCGUGUGACAUGGGGGAAGUAUUCUAACUGUGGGCAGACGUGUAUCGCUCCAGACUACAUCCUGUGUGAGCCCAGCAUCCAGGGCCGCGUGCUGGAGGAGAUCAAGAAGUCCAUCAAAGCCUUCUACACAGAGGACCCCAAGACCUGCCCCGACUACGGACGCAUUAUCAACCAGCGCCACUUCAAACGCAUCAUGGCCAUGACAGAGGACAGCACCAUCGCUAUAGGAGGGGAUAGUGAUGAGUCAACGUGCUACAUAGCUCCUACAGUACUGAAGGACGUGCAGGUGAACUCCAAGGUGAUGCAGGAGGAGAUUUUUGGUCCCCUGCUCCCCAUCCUGACGGUCAGUGGAGUGGACGAGGCCAUCAACUUCAUCAACAAGGGAGAGAAACCCCUCGCCCUCUAUAUCUUCUCACCUGAUGACAAGGUGAUAAAGAAAGUGAUAGCAGAGACCUCCAGUGGAGGAGUGUUGGCUAAUGACUGUCUUGUGCACUACUCUGUCAGUGCACUGCCCUUUGGUGGAGUGGGUAACAGUGGUAUGGGCAGCUACCACGGCAAGUUCAGCUUUGACAACCUGAGCCACCUGAGGGGCUGUCUUAUCAAGCAGCUGAAGAUGGAGGGGGUUAACGACAUGCGCUACCCUCCCCAUACUGCCAAGAAACUGUUCUGGGCACGCUUCUUCAUCCUCAAAAAUCCUGACCUGGGGUGGUUAGGCCGCAUGACGCUGCUCGCUAUCUUCGCUGUGGUGGCUGCUGUGGUGCUACAGAGAUAUCUUCAGUGAGAUCAAACAAGUCUACCCGUACUUCUGGCCUGAUGUUACUCUGGUGACCCGCUGGACCCUGGAACAGAGUUGGGUCUAAAAGCGCUAAAUUAACUUUGACCCGGUUAAGAUUCUGUCUGCUUCAAGAUAAUAACCAUCCGUAACCAUAGUAAUGUCAGGUUCAACCUUUAACCCCUCCGUCACCAUGACAAUGAGAGAGUGAAUGGGAAGUGGCCCCAAUAACCCCUAUUAGAAUUAUUAUACAGUUCUGCAUGAAGCCGUUUCAGAAGGAUUAGCUUGCUAAUGCUUACUAACAUUAGCUAGCAACAACAGAUUUUAUGAAUGUGAUCUUUUAUCUGAUUUAUGGCACUUUAAUCAGUGUAAUAUUGUGUGAAUUUGUUAGGUAAACCUGUCCGCUCCGGUUGUCUUUUUAUUUGAAGCCUUAAAACUUUGAAAUGUUUGCUGCUUAUUAACUUUUUGGAUAAUGUAUCAAAAGAAACAUUGCAGAACUCUUAUGACCAGUUAUAACUUGUUAUAACCUUUAUAUCACUGUGCUUUGAAGCAGCAUAGCUGACCUAUAUGCAAGGUUCUCUAAGGAUUGCAUAAAUCUCUUUCAUAUGAAUGAAUAAUCAGGAAGUAUUGUGUGUUAAUACUGUACUACUAUUACGCAUGCUUGUAUGUUUCAGUAAGCCUCAGAGAAGCACAACUCUAGUUCUGUUAUCAUUUCAGUUUUUAAUUUCAACCGUUAGAAAGAGAUUGCAAUGGAGAUGUAUUUUAUUUGAAGUAUAACUUUAACAUUCCCUGUCAGUGGUUUACCAUGCUUUUCCAGGGCAAUUGUUGUUUGUUCUGUUAUGUGCCUGAAACAAAACCAAAUAACCAAUCAAUUACCUUUUGAGAAUUCCACCUUCGAUUUCACCACAGAGUUCUUAAAAUAUUUGCCUGCAGAACUUGUAUUCAAUAGCUCAGGAUGUAACAAAGUAUGACAACUACUAUGUCUGAGCAACAAUGAAGGAGUAACAGCGUAUAAUUUCAAUGUUUUUGUAUUGCCAUCAGAGCAUUCCCAUGGCAUUGAUUGUAAUUCAUUUGUAAUAAAUCCGUUUUUAUGUCCUUCA